UGGGAAUGCCUGCCUUAGGGUGAAGCUGUAAUGGAUAAUUUCUACCUUUCAGUACAUUUUAAAAGGGUGAUUUUAAGGCCCUACACCUGUUUCUGGAGAGGAGAAGCAGGUGGGCAGUGAUGGGGGUGGAGCUGAGCUAAUUGCGUCAUUAGGCCGGGUCCACGAUUUUGUCUCAUUUAACUCCCCACUCUGCCCACUUCACUAGGAAAUGGGCAGAAUGCGGGAGGGGUGCACAUUCUUCAGGGGCUGUGGAGGACUACCUCAGAGAGUGGGCGUCUCCCACAGAAUCCGGGAGAAUAGCUUCCACAAGAUGUAUCUUCAGCUGUGGGUCGUCGCUGUCCUGGGAAUUUGGAGCCUGCGGGCGCAGGACAUGAAGAUGGACUGUGAUGGGGACCAGGUUUUACAAAUCAUCCCACAGAACACGGAACACGUUUAUUGCUUACAGCAGAUAUGUCAGUCAUCGCAGCUGGAUCUUUGGAAGCCACUGCAGCCAGAAGACAUCACCGUCGGGCGUGCGGUGCACGUCCGGAUCCCGUACAUCGCGCUGCGGUCUGUGAAGGAGGAUCUGCGCCACUGUUCACUCUCUUUUCAGCUUUUGUUGGACAACGUAACCCAGUUUAUGGGCAACGAGAAGGGAAGAAGAAGAAGCAAGCGAUCGAUAACCACUUAUGAGUACACCAAAUACCAUCCAAUGGAAGAUAUUUACAAUUGGAUGAACCUGGUGUCAGAGAGUCACAGUGAGCUGGUGACGCAGCACCACCUGGGCUCCACGUAUGAGCGCAGACCAAUGCACUAUCUGAAGAUCAGUAAGUCUUCCAAUGAUCCUAUGAAAGCUAAGAAAAUGAUCUGGAUGGAUUGUGGCAUUCAUGCCCGAGAGUGGAUUGCCCCGGCGUUCUGCCAGUGGUUUGUGAGAGAGUUUGUACAGAACCAUCGUAAAGAUUCCCGUAUGCAGAAGAUUCUCAAAAACUUAGAUCUGUAUAUCCUGCCUGUCCUAAACAUCGAUGGCUACGUCUACACCUGGACCACAGAUCGGCUUUGGAGGAAAUCUCGCUCUAAGCACUACGAUGACGCGUGUUACGGGGUGGACCUUAACCGCAACUUUGACACUAAAUGGUGCACUUCUGGAUCAUCCACAAACUGCACAAGCAAUUUAUACUGUGGAAUUUCACCUGUGUCCGAACCAGAGACGAGGGCAGUGGUAGAUUUUGUAGCGAGCAGGAAAUCGGACAUCAUUUGCUAUCUGACAAUGCACUCGUACAGUCAGUACAUCUUGACGGCAUACGGUUACACCCAAGAUCUCCCCAAGAGCUACAAUGAAACGGUCAAAGUUGCUCAGAAGGCAGCGUCGGAGCUGAAGAAGACACACGGCACAGAGUAUAAAGUGGGCAGCUUCGCCAAUCUCCUGUAUGAAGCUUCCGGAACUUCCCAGGACUGGGUCCAUGAUCUGGGCAUCAACUUUUCAUUCACCAUUGAGUUAAGAGACAAUGGCACUUACAAAUUUGUACUGCCGGAGGACCAAAUCCAACCAACGUGCGAGGAAACCAUGGCCGCGGUCAUGACCAUCAUAGAGUAUGUCAAUGACAAAUAUUUCCCAAAUAAGGCAUCUACAACCUUUACACCUCAUCCGGCUGCUCUCCUCCUGUAUAUGGUCCUGGCCCUGGCACUGCUGGUAGAACUUUAAGGCUGGACAGAGACCCAAAAACUUAGGCUUCUCCAUUUUUGAUCAGGACACCUGAAAGUGCUCAGCUUCUGUGACGUGGCCUUCAGAACAAAAAGAUUAAAAACAAAAACUACAGGCGGUGGUGCUUCAAUGCACAAACAAGUACAAGCACAUCUUAAGAGCAACUUGCAAUGAAGAGUUCCAGCUCCAAUGAAAGAACAGAGAUGUUAUUCGCGAAGUAUAUUUUUUAAUAGCACAAUAACUGUCAUGGAGACUUUGUAAGCACACUGAGAUAUAUAUCUGUUGAGUCUCCAUAUUGUAUAAGCUGAAGUGCCAUUGCGUAUAACAUUUGAGCCUAUUGUUUCUUCCUUUGGAUGACGUGUCCUCUUUGGUGUAUGAUACAGUAUCUCCUGGAGCACUGGGAAUUGUUAUGUUGUAAUGUUGCCCAUUUACCGAGCAAGCGUACCAGAUUACAGAUGUCAUUUGUGAAAGCAUUGUCCAGCUCUGUGCUCUUCAAUAGCAGCAUUGUAUAAUUAUUCAUUUUGAAAGCACAUCACUGUCCUGAACAAAGCUUCCUUUCAGCAAA